AUGAAGACAACGCUCAGCGUACUCUCGUGGCAGUACUUCAACCUUCUCGAGGCAAGAUUCGUCAGACGAGGGAAUACAACAGCUCUUUGGACCUCUUCGAAACUACCGCUUUUGCAAUGUUUAUCGAAAGAAGAAGCAGACUCACUAAAGUGCUCAUUGAUCCAUACCUGCGAAUGCACACCAGCCGAAUCCCAAGUAAUGUGUCGCUGCGAAAAUCAAGACAUAGCAGAGGAAUUCCAUCAGAUAGGAUACGUUUUACCGGUAACAUACCCCUUCGUGAAGAUGACAAACCAUCCGCACUACAAUGUGAUAGCACGCAUCGAGCACGGCGUCACAGCAGAACUCGUUCUAAACGUAAAUGAGACUGUGGAUAACAUUGUCACCGACACCACGGAUGAAAUCUGCUAUAUCGCAAACACGCACAUAUACGGAUGCUACAGCUGCAAAGAAGGGGCAAGAGUCUCGGUAACUUGUCUCUCAUCAGAAAGCACUCUUGCGGAAGUGGAUUGUGGAAUCAAAACUUUCACCAUUCCAUGUUCUCCUACGAGGGACGAAUCCACACUUCGUUUCCUCAUGACGAAUGCUCAAGUACAACUAAACUGUUCUGUCACUUGCGGGAAAAUGCCAACGUACUUUGAAAUCAAUGGCAUACUCAAAUAUGUGCACUCCCUUCACGAUGGAAUAGAACAAGCAAGUAUAUCAACGCACAACAUCACUUCGGAUUUCGACUGGCCCGCAGGUGUACCUACAAUGGUACAAGACGGUGGCACUAACAUUCGCACUUGUUGCUUUAGCGCUUCUGAUUAG